AUGUCUCUACACUCGCAGAUUCCGGUGGUGCUUCUGAUACCAACGCUUCUGUCUGUUGCAUCCGCAGCUGACACCUUGCAGGAGUGUCGGGCCAAUACCGGCGGCGCCUGCAACCGAACCGCUGGAUCCAUAUUUCUACAGCAACAUCAGCGUGCACGUCGGAGUGAUCUGCAGGGUGUUCUAGCAAGUGCUUGUUCAUCUUCAGUUGAAGAUUGCCGAGACACAGGAUGCUGCGAAGACACGGGCUACACCUGCUUUGAAAAGAAUCAGUAUUGGGCCUCCUGUCGCCAAAGCUGCGAACCGGGAGAAGUCAAUCCCAACGAUGAUCCAGACUACCGGACGCCCUGGACCUGCACCGUCUUGGAUGGCUCCACCGGGACCACCGGGACCACCACCGGGACCACCACGGGCACCACGGGGGUGAACCCGGCGCCGGGGCGAGUGCUGGUCACCGGCCACGCGGGGUCCGGCAAGGCCCGCCUCUUCGAGUUCAUCGCUGCGCUGACGGAUCAGCCGGUGCCCGGGUCACGGGCCCGCGCCGUGCAUUCCUCGGGUGGAGCAGCUGGGGGCGUGGUCAGCGAGAGCCAAGGGUAUGGGUUGCUGUUGUCCGGUGCCCUGCUGGCUGCAUUGCCUCGGAACGAUCCAGAUCGAGAAAAACUCAUGGACUACACCUAUGAAAUGUUUCUGGGUUGGAGACGGAUGUGCGAACUGAGCAAAGAUAGCGGCAGCUGUCAGGAAGACGAAGGAUUUCAAUGUGGCGGUGGACAGUUCCCAUGCCUGCCGCACUGGAAGUUUGACGAUGACCUCACUGGAAUCAUUGGAAGAGGCGCCGCACCGGAUGGCGACGCGGAUGCCCUGGCCGGGAUGCUCUUCGCGGUGCUGUCCCUGGAGAGAGCCGAAAGCACUUCGCCCUGGCUGGAGGAGGUUGGGGAGUGGGCCUACGACACUUGCAAACAGUUCUACCUGAGCUCCACCGUCUCCUCCUCUUCGGGCGCUCAUCGCAUUGUCAAGCUGGGCUCCUGCUGGGGUGGCUGGGGCAGCCAGGGGCAGAAUCCCAGCUACCACGCGCCCGGGGUCUAUCGCAUGUGCCGAGACUACAUGAAAUCACACUGUGACAAGUACGGCUGCGAAGGAGGAGAUGCCCUCGAAGCUGAAUGGAACAGAUUGAUCGACACGAGCUACAAGAUGUUCGACGCCACGCAGUGCGAGUCCAGCGGCCUGAUCCCCAACUGGGCCAAGGUCUACGAAGACGGGCAAAGCCUCCGUGCUGAGACGGGAUUUUCUGGCAGCGGAACUCCAGGUGCUGAGUAUGGUGCUGAAGCCAGUCGAGCUGUGUGGCGCGUGGCUCUGGACUACCUCUUGUUCCCCGGCGAGGCCGGCGAGGCGGUAGCCUUUCUGGACCCCGUGGCGGCGAAUCUGGAGACCCGCGAGUCGGGGGGCAACUGGGACGAGUCGCUGCGCGUGGAUGGAAAUUGCCUGGUGGAGAGCAUUCAUCCGGGAUGGUCCCCGCUGGGAACAGGGCUGGUGGAUUCCGGGCGACAACAGGAGUUGAUCGAUGCAGCGGGAAAGCGUGUGGCCAGCAAGGCCAUUGAUGACUACUACUCCGGGAGUUGGGUGGCCAUCAGUACCAUCACGUUAAACGGCGACCUGGCGCGGGCGGCACAAGGCUCCGGCCUGGGUUCUGGCACGGGAACGGGCACCACGGGCACGACCACAACGGCGCCCACCACAGGGCCAACGACCACAACCACCACCACUGAUAGUGGCUCUGGCAUGUGCGCUACUACGGGGCAAGACUGUCGAAGCAGCGCUUGUUGUGAAGAUGCAGGCUUCACAUGCUAUGAAAAGAACGAAUACUGGGCCUCGUGUCGUCAGAGCUGUGAACCUGGCGAAGUGAAUCCCAACGACGAUCCGGACUUCCAAACCCCCUGGACCUGUGCCGUCAUUGGUGCCACCACCACGCCCGGCACCACCACCACGCCCGGCACCACCACCACCACCACCGGCACCUCGCCUGGCACGACAUCGUCGCCGGGCACCACGGGUGGCACCACGACGUCGCCGAACCCAGCACCGGGGCAGGUCUUUGUGACGAACUCAGCGGGCUCGGGCAAGGCCCGCCUCUUCGAGUUCAUCGCUGCGCUGACGGAUCAGCCGGUGCCCGGGUCACGGGCCCGCGCCGUGCAUUCCUCGGGCGGCGCGGCUGGGGGCGUGGUCAGCGAGAGCCAAGGGUGGUAUGGUCUGCUUUUGUCCGGUGCCCUGCUGGCUGCUAUGCCUGAAGAUCAAGAUCGACAAAAGCUCAUGGACUACACCUAUGAAAUGUUCUUGGGAUGGAGGCGCAUGUGUGAACUUUCCAAGGCGAGUGGCAGCUGUCAAGACGACGAAGGUUUUCAAUGUGGAGGUGGACAGUUCCCAUGUUUGCCGCACUGGAAGUUUGACGAUGAUCUCAAGAACGUCAUUGGAUCAGGUGCAGCCCCGGACGGCGACGCAGAUGCCCUCGCUGGGAUGCUCUUCGCGGUGCUGUCCCUGGAACGGACGGCCGAGGCCGCACCGUGGCUGGAGGAGGUUGCUCAGUGGACCUAUGAGACUUGCAAACAGUUCUACCUAAGCUCCACCGUCUCCUCCUCUUCGGGCGCUCAUCGCAUUGUCAAGCUGGGCUCCUGCUGGGGUGGCUGGGGCAGCCAGGGGCAGAAUCCCAGCUACCACGCGCCGGGGGUCUAUCGCAUGUGCCGAGACUACAUGAAGUCACACGACGCGAAGUUCGGCACGUCGGGCUCGGAGGGUGAUGACUUUGCCUCUGACUGGGAUCGAUUGAUCGACACGAGCUACAAGAUGUUCGACGCCACGCAGUGCGAGUCCAAUGGCCUGAUCCCCAACUGGGCCAAGGUCUACGAAGACACGCCCGAGGCGCUGCGCGCCGAGACGGGCUUCAGCGGCAGCGGCACCCCCGGCGCCGAGUACGGUGCCGAGGCGAGCCGCGCGGUGUGGCGCGUGGCGCUGGACUUCCUGCUGUUCCCAGGUGAGGCCGGUUCAGCUGCCGGUUUCUUGGACCCGGUGGCGGCGCAUUUGGAAACGCGCGAAUCCGGAGGAAACUGGGCUCAGACGCUUCGUGUGGACGCUGGCUGCCUGGUGGAGAGUAUCCAUCCCAGCUGGUCGCUGGGACUGCGCUUCGGGACUGGUGGCUUCAGGUCUUGGAACAUGUUCAUGGCUGGUCCCACCUUCACCUCCUUGGUUUGCCCCUCCAACUCCGUGGAUUCCGGGCGACAACAGGAGUUGAUCGACUCUGCGGGCGAAAGGGUGGCCAGCAAGGCCAUUGAUGACUACUACUCCGGCAGUUGGGUGGCCAUCAGCACGAUCACUUUGAACGGCGAUCUGCUCCGCGCAGCUCAGAACUCGGGCCUCGCUGGCGCCACGGGAACCACCGGAAGUACCACCGGAAGUACCACCGGAAGUACCACCGGAACCACCACGGUGUCCACAACCGGUAGCGGUACCACAACCACUACAGCGACGACCACCACCACCACCACCACCGGCGCAACGACCAGCGCUGGGCUUUGCUCAAGGUCCUCAGAGGAUUGUCGUUCCACGGGCUGCUGCCAAGAUGCUGGCUACACAUGUUACGAGAAGGACCAGUACUGGGCAGGCUGUCGUCAGAGCUGCCAACCUGGAGAAGUAAAUCCCACGGAUCCUAUUGAAUACCGAACUCCUUGGUCCUGCACACUUGUUGGGGGAACAACAGCAACCACGACGCCCAUGGCGACCACCACAACGACCACGACGACCACCCCUAUGUCGUUUCAGAUGGUUUUCGAAGCAGUGGAUGGUGGUCAAGACCGCGCCUGCCGUGGAGACAGCAGCACUGACAACUCCGACACGUACUACACCGUGGUCUCAGUGACGUCCUUAGAAGAAUGCCAGGAGCAGUGCAAACUCACGGAGAACUGCCAAGGCGUGGAAUUCAAAGGGUCUCGUUGCGAGUUGUGGAAGCGACCGAUCUUGGCCUCCAAACGCUUAGGUGGAUACACGUGCCUUCGAUACGUCGAUCCCAAGAAACUGCGCGCGGGCGAAUUUGAGAUGGUUGACGGUGAGGGUCAUGCCUGUCGUGGCGCCACUCCGGCUGAUAAUUCCAACAACUACUUCCAUGUGACCACAGGCCAGUCACUGGAAGGAUGCCAGCGCCUGUGUCGCACAAAGGCGAACUGCGUGGGCGUGGAGCAUCACGAAGGUGGCCGCUGUGAGAUCUGGAUUCGACCGUUGGGGAUCCAAGCAACACAAGCGCUGCCAGGAUAUACCUGCUGGCGCUUCUGGCCGGAUGGAAUCACACCUCCAAAGCCACGUGAAGGCGCUUUCGAGGCAGUGGAUGGGGCAGUUGGCCGCGUGUGUCGUGGAUCCAGUCCAUCGGACAACCUCCCGAGUUACUUCAACGUGACUUCAGCGUCAUCUUUAGACUUCUGCGAGAAUUUGUGUCGCCUGGCCAGCGACUGCACAGGAAUCGAAUUUCACAACUCGGGGCGCUGCGAGCUGUGGCACCGAAGCAUUGAGAGCUUUCGAGUGAGCAACGCAGAUUACAGCUGCUGGAGAUUUGUCCAAAGUUUGGCAAGCUAAGCAGGAGAGAGCAACGCGGCAGCGCAGCCGCAGAUUUGACCUCCUGAGAUCGGUGGUAGCUGGGUUCCAAGGUCUUUGUAAAGAGAUACAGCAAAGGCAGCAACGAAUCCACUGACCCUGCUGGGGCUGAGCACCAAUCUGGAGUGAAGGACCAGAUUCU